AGUCAACUCCUUUCUGUCUAAAUUCAGACACGCAAAAGAUACGAUUUUGCUGUGUUGUCCGGUCCCGCUUUCGAAUCGCUUGAAUAGCCCAUGACUCAAAUUCAAUUUGUGUUGAAUUUAUCAGACUCGAGUCGAUAAGCAUGGAUCAACAGCCCGAACCAGUUACUUACGUCUGCGGAGAUUGUGGACAGGAGAACACUUUGAAGUCUGGGGAUGUGAUUCAGUGCAGAGAGUGUGGUUACCGUAUUCUUUACAAGAAGCGUACCCGUAGAGUUGUUCAAUACGAAGCUCGCUGAGAACCACAACCCUGAACGAUAAUGAUAUGAAGUCUGUUUAAGAUGGCAUAUAGACUUGUCCUGCCUCUGUUUGUAAUUUAACUUGACGUAAAAUCUGUUUUUGUUUACGCUAAGUAGCUUGUUUUGGUUUUGAUUUGAUUACAAUAGAGUGCGACUGUCUAGACAUUAUUCUUUUUUUUUGAAUAAAAACCAAGUCAUCAUGUUAGAAAACAA